AUGAGCGGAAAGAAGGAAGAGGCGGCGUUCAGUAUCCUCAGGGUUUACGAUGAGCCGGAGCCGAGGAGGUAUGAGCAGGAAAGCUCUCAGCACAGGCUUCAGGUGCAGCCCCAGCCGGACGGGGCGUGCGGCUCCCCCCAGCGGCCCCCGGGCUCCCGGGAGGAGAGCCCCGAGGAGAGCCCCGUGUACCAGGAGAUGAGCACGCUGACCCCGCAGCAGUGGGCGCUCCGGGCCCUGGACAGGUCGGAGCUCCAGGCCAGCUGGUUCUCCGAGGGGCGGCCCCGAGAAGAAGCAGCGUUUGCCUCCAGGUUACUAGGAUUCGACUUUGGCCUGCCUAGUCCUCCUCCUCCUCCUCCCAGUGACAAAGUCUGGCCCUUCUGCAGAGCGGUUCCUCCCGUGGGAGGCGACACGGUGGUCAGGCCGGGGAUCCCACACAAGUCCUGGAAGGUGGGCAAACUCUGCCACGGCAAGAAGGUCUGUGCCAUCGCCAUCAGCACCUCCACUCACCACGUCUACACGUGCGGCCACGGCUACAUCCGGGUGUGGGACGAGGGCGCCCUGCACACCUGGAGCAAGGCCCCGCAGGCCCAGCUCAACUUCCAGGACCGCCAUAACUGUGUCCUCAGCUGCAAGCUGUUCCCGGACGAGCAGAGCCUGAUCACCGGGGGGGUGUCCCAGACCCUGACGCUGUGGGACCUGGCACCCACAGCCCGCAUCAGGGCCCAGCUGGCCUCCGCGGGCCCCAUCUGCUACUCCCUGGCCAUCUCCUCCAACGCCCAGAUCUGCCUGGCUUGUUUCAAAGGGUUCAUUGAGAUCUGGGAUCUGCAGCGACAAAUCCUGAUCAGGAAGCACCGAGUGUCCGAGUUUGGGUCCCGAUGUGUGGAUCUCACGGGCAAUAAGUUCUGGACGGGAGGCGAAGACACCAGCCUGUGUGCCUGGGACCUGCGGAGCUGCCUGAAGCUGCAGCAAUACAACGUCCACCACGAGAUCCUCAGCAUCACCCACGACCCCAGCGAGGAGUGGCUGCUCGUGGGCCUGCGGACGAGCGACAUCAUCAUCUUGCACACUCACCGGAAGGAGGCGUUCAGGGCCGUCAUACACAAAUACGUCCAUCGCCACAACCUCAAGUUCGCCCCCUCCGGAGGCUAUUUUGUGGCCACAAUGGAUGAGUCAGUCCACUGCUUAUCUGCACCUUACCUGCAGAAGCUGUUCCAGGAAGAGGAGUCCACGGAAGUCCUGUGCUGCGAUGUGUCCUCCGACAACAAGUAUCUGGUCACGGGCUCCAAGAACUGUGCCUCGGUUUACCAGCUCCUGUGUUGA